AUGCAUGGCACACUUCGCCGGGUUCGGAGCUGGCGACCGGUGGUGGUGGGUAAACGAAACACCGGCUACCGGGCCAUCUGUCGUCCGUCACCGGCCAUCAUUGUGCUAGACGGCGGUUUUCCAGUAAUCCGGCGAACGGACGAACAAAAACUAAUGGCUUGCGAACACGACGCAGUGUUUGACAAGUGUCGAUCAAACAAGUUCGGCCGAAACUUCAUUGAUGCCCACCGCCACAUGCUGUGA